AUGGCCGACCUGGCGUUGAGCACCGUGCACGCGCUGCUGGGCGUCAUCCGCAAGGAGGCGGAGCUCCUCGCCGGCGUCCGCGGCGACGUGCAGUUCAUCAGGGACGAGAUGGAGAGCAUCAACGGCCUGCUCCGCCACCUCGCCGGCACCAAGGAGCGUGCCAGCGACCACCAGGUCCGAGCCUGGAUCAAGCAGGUCAUGGAGCUCGCCUACGACUCCAACAACUGCGUCGAGAGGUACGCGCGGACGCGCUCGGGUGGCCCCCGCCGCCGCAAGGGCUUCGUCGGCCGCCUCCGUCGCCUCGCCCGCCUGCCAAAGGCGAUGUGGGUUCGCCGCCGCGUGGCCACCCGGAUCCGGCAGCUCAAGGUCCGGGUGCGCGAGGUGGGCGAGCGGCAGCAGCGGUACGGCGUCGCCGUCCCGCCCAAGACUGACGGCGCCAGCGCCGGCGCCGCCGCCGCCGACAGGAGCAGGCCACGGGAGUACUCGAGCUUGCCCCGCAAGAUCGCCGGCGGUGAUGCUUCCCGGCGCCAACGAGGCGCCGCGAUCAUCGCCGAGUGCGGGAAAGAACACAUGCUGAAGGAGCGCGCCGACGAGUUGAUCCGGUGGCUGGACAUAGGAGUGGCACAGGACCUGGAACGACCGAAGCUCAGCCUCGUGGUCGUCGUCGCGCCCGACGCCGCGGACGGCUCCACGCUCGCCACCAAAAUCCAGUCCGAAGGCUGCGUUGCCGAGUCCAUGGGCGACGACGUGCACACAUGGAGCCUGGAUACGCUCAAGGAGAAGGUGAAGAACUCCAUGAGAGGCAAGAGGUCACUGGUCUUCAUCACCAACGUGGACUAUCUGAAACUGUGGUUCGAUAUCGGAGACUUGCUGGCGUCCAUCGACUGCGACAAGGGCAGCGCCGUGGUGUUGUCCUCCAGGGACAGAGACGUGAUCAACAAGCUGGAGCUGGAGCUGGAGCAACGGAAGAAGCAGGAGCAACGGAACAAGCAGCUUCCGCUCAUGAAAACCAUCUCCUACUCCUAUGUCGAGUUCCACCACAACAAGGCCAAGCAGCUGCUCCCGAGUGACUACAGCAGCUCCGGCGAUGGCGUCGUGAGGCAAAUCCUCGGCAGGUGCGACAUGGAUGACAGCUUAGCGAGGGUCUUCCUCCACGCCCUGCACAAUAACCCGAACCGGACGGAGGGUGAGCUCAAGACGCUGCUAGAUAACCUCUCGCCGGAGCGAUGCUCCAACGAUCCCAUGGAGAAGAGGGUCCGGCUGGCUGCCUUCUGCUACUACGGCUUGCCUGACCGGUACAAGAACUGCCUGUGGUACACGGCGGCGUUCGUCCGAGGGAGCUUUGACAUCCGGCGGGCGAGCUUGACCAGGCGGUGGAUCGCCGAGGGGUUGAUCGUCAGGUCGGGCCAGCCGACCGAGCACGAGGAAGCGGAGAGUUGCGUCGAUGCUCUCCUGUCCCUGAACCUCCUCAUGCCCAGACAGCGCGAGCGCGGCGUCGUCGAAGGCAAGGUCAAGACCUGCUCCGUCAACACUCCGGUGAUCGACAUAAUCAGCGGUGGCAGGAGCACCGUCGACGACUUCCUGGACACGAACGAGAUGCCGCUCGACCCAGACCUCCACUUCUCCGUCCGCAACGGGAUCCGGAUCCGUCAGCUGGACGUGGCGGACGCCUCCGCGGCGGAGCCGCGGCCGCCGCCGCCCAAGAAGCAGCUGGAAAGCGUCAUGGAGUUCCUGCGCAAGCUGCCGGCUUCGUUGAGGCUGCGCCUCCUCCGGGUGCUCGACCUCGACGGUUGCGGCGUCGCCGUCACCAAGCACCACCUCAACAACAUCUGCAAGAUCCGCAAGCUCAGGUACCUCAGCCUGCGUGGCACCAACGUCGCGCAACUUCCGAAGCUCCUCCACCGGCUGGAGCUGCUAGAGACGCUUGACAUCCGGCAGACCAGGGUGCGGGUGUUCGACGCAGCGCUGCCCAGGAGCCUCAAGCAUCUCCUCGCCGGCCGCAUCGACUGCCCCAGCGAGCAGGACGCCGCCACUGUCAAGGCGAAACAAACGUUCUCCACGGUGAGCAUGCCUGCCGGUGUUCCCGCCGGCUACCUGGACAAGCUCGAAAUACUGUCCCAUGUUCAGGUCUCCGACAGCAGGGAGGAGCUUGCCAAGCUCGGCGAGAACCUAAAGCGGCUGAGGAAGCUGGGGGUAGUGCUCUGCGGCGGCGAGAAGGCCAACCUCAGCGAUCUGUUCACCCAGAUCAACCACCUACACGGCACACUCCGGUCACUGUCCAUCCGGAUGAAGCCGAUCGCCUGCUGGGGCUCCAACGAGGUUGUCCUAAGCACACCGCCAUUGCUCCUCGAGAGCCUGCGCAUCUCCGGCGUCAGGGGCUGGCUGCCUCACCGGAUCAAAGAGCUCAAGAACCUCGCUAAGCUGACCCUCCGCGACACUCUCCUCGAUGCCGAGUCCCUCGCCGUCGUCGGCGUGCUCAAAGGGCUGCGCUGCCUCAGGCUGCUUUACCACUCGUUCCACGGCGGCGAGCUCGCCUUCGGCGACGACACCUUCCUCAGCCUCGCCGGCCUCGUCGUCGAGGACGACAUGGUGACGACCAUCGCUUUCACCCCCAAAGCAGCGCCUAAGCUCGCCAAGAUCAUCUGGUCGUUUACACGGAUGGAAUCCAUGAAAGGGGUCAAGAACCUCGGGAGCUUGCGACGCGUGGAGCUCAACCGGCUGGCACGCAACGGCGACGCCACAAACAAGUAUCCGCAAUUGAAGCAAGAGCUCGAUGAGCACCCCAAUAAGCCUAAGUUCGUCCCUCGACUCAUCGGUCCAAAGGAAGGUGAUCAAGUCUAG